AUGUCUGGUCGUGGAAAAGGCGGGAAGGGUCUCGGGAAAGGAGGGGCCAAAAGACACCGGAAAGUGCUCCGCGAUAACAUCCAAGGCAUCACCAAGCCUGCUAUAUGCCAUCUGGCUCGCCGUGGAGGUGUGAAACGUAUUUCGGGCUUGAUUUAUGAAGAGACUCGUGGUGUACUGUUACUGAAGGUCUUUUUGGAGAACGUUAUUCGAGAUGCUGUGACCUACACCGAACACGCGAAGCGAAAGACUGUAACUGCUAUGGAUGUUUAUGCCUUGAAACGCCAAGGUCGUACUCUGUACGGUUUUGGUGGAUAAGUU